GCGGAGCCAUCGCUAUCGUUCAUCAUUAUCAUCAUCGACGCGACUGAGAACUGCUUGGCUGCGACAAAUCCACCACCAGACACCGGAACUGACGGCCCAAAAUUCCAUCCACGACUAUAUCGAGUCACACGCUUACACAGCUUUAAUUCUUCACCAUGGCAGCUGAGGUUGCCAACGGCGCUGGCCUCGAGACGGAAGUAUCCCAUCUCGAGUCUUUAAUCCUGGCCAACGCCCGCAGAUCGAAAUCCAUCUACGCCAACACAUCCACAGAUUCGGGAAGGAAACGACUAAAGCUCGAUCCCGGACUGGCAUCAGAAGAUCCCGACAUCUCGAAAACAUCCCUCUCCCUCCGCCUUCAUGCCGAAUAUGAAGACGUUCAGACCCUACCCGAAGUCAUCGCGAAGAAGCUCCCGGCUGCCGGUCUUCGCAAGAAGAAGCCAAAAGCAGCCGAAGAAGCACCAUCAAAGUCAGAGGAGCACGCGCGCAAAUUGAUAGAAGGGAUACCGGCAAACAAGACCGGGCCUGGCUCCAACGCUCUUGUCCUCUCCAGAAGACCAGGCGGCGCUGGCGCUGCUGGUGCUGGCGCGAAACCGAGCGCAAACCGCAACGACCCCCAAAAUAUGAGCCUCACCCGCCGGCAAGACAACCUCCUCGCACAGCCCCGGCCAGACUGGCACCCACCUUGGAAACUCCAGCGCGUCAUCAGCGGCCAUCUCGGCUGGGUGCGAGCUCUCGCCGUCGAGCCAAACAACAAGUGGUUCGCCUCGGGCGCCGGCGACCGCACCAUCAAAAUCUGGGACCUGGCCUCCGGCCAACUCAAGCUCACCCUCACCGGUCACAUCUCGACGGUCCGCGGCCUGGCGGUAUCACCCCGACACCCCUACAUGUUCUCCUGCGGUGAAGACAAGAUGGUCAAGUGCUGGGAUCUGGAAACAAACAAGGUCAUCCGUCACUACCACGGCCAUUUGUCAGGUGUAUACACCCUCAAGCUCCACCCAACCCUCGACGUCCUCGUCACCGGUGGCCGCGACGGCGUAGCUCGUGUAUGGGACAUGCGCACCCGAAGCAAUGUCCAUGUCCUGUCGGGCCACACCGGCACCGUCGCCGACCUUGUCUGUCAAGAAGCUGACCCCCAAGUCAUAACCGGCAGCUUGGACUCCACCGUCCGAAUGUGGGAUCUCGCCGCGGGCAAGACGAUGGGCGUGCUGACCCACCACAAAAAGGGCGUCCGCGCCUUGACCACCCACCCAACCGAGUUCACCUUCGCAACAGGCAGCACAGGGAGCAUCAAGCAGUGGAAGUGCCCCGAGGGAGCCUUCAUGCAGAACUUUGACGGCCACAACGCCAUUAUCAACACCCUGUCGGUCAACGACCAGAACGUGUUGUUUUCGGGUGGAGACAACGGGUCGAUGAGCUUUUGGGACUGGAAGAGCGGGCAUAGGUUCCAGGCGUUGGACACGACGGCUCAGCCGGGCAGUUUGGAUGCUGAGUCGGGGGUGAUGAGCUCCAUUUUUGACCAUUCGGGGUCGAGGUUGAUCUGUGGUGAGGCUGAUAAGACUAUCAAAAUCUGGAAAGAGGAUCCCGAUGCCACGCCAGAGACACACCCGUUGGAGUGGAAGCCGACCUUGGCUGCUAGUAGGAAGUUUUAAGUUGAGGGAUGAGGUUACGGGGUUAUCGUACUUGUAAUGAACAUGUGUGAACUGCAUAGCGGCGUGGAACAAAAGAGUAUAGGGGCUCGAAAAUUGAAGAAUCAGCGAGGUACAUAUUCAACCGCGCACACUACCAGAU